GUUUACAUUGUCGAACGCAAAUUUGUUCGUCGUGAAUAUUAUUUUGCUAUUCUUCAAGAUCGAAAGACCCAGGGUGGUGUCGACAUUGAAAGCGUUGCAGCUGAAAAUCCUGAGGCCAUUUUAACAUUAGGCAUCGACAUUGAUGAUGGUCUGAAAAAAGAUGAUGCCCUGUCUUUGGCAGAAAAGUUGGGCUUUUCUCCACAAAUUCGCGAAGAGGCCGCUGACAUGAUGCAGAAACUUUACAAGCUAUUCAUAGACAAAGAUUGUACGCAAGUAGAAAUUAAUCCGAUGGCCGAAUCUGUGGAACACGAAGCAUUAUCUUGUUAUUCAAACAAUAUAGUUACAUAUGUUAAUUAUUUUUGUAAUUUAGUUUUAUGUAUGGAUGCAAAACUAAAUUUUGAUGAAAACUCGGAAUUCAGACAAAAGGAUAUAUUUGCCUUACGUGAUACCACUCAAGAAGAUUCACGCGAGGUUGCCGCUGCCAAAUACAACUUGAAUUAUAUCGGUUUGGAGGGACAGAUCGGCUGUUUAGUGAAUGGUGCCGGUUUGGCAAUGUCAACUAUGGACAUUAUUAAACUACAUGGCGGAGAACCAGCUAAUUUCUUAGAUGUUGGCGGUGGUGCUACUGCAGAGCAAGUGACCGAAGCGUUUAAAAUAAUUUCAUCAGAUCCACAAGUGACUGCCAUUUUGGUUAACAUUUUUGGAGGCAUCAUGCGUUGUGAUAUUAUUGCUCGGGGCAUUAUUCAAGCUACUUCACAACUAUCAUUGUCCAUACCUGUAAUUGUGCGAUUGCAAGAUUCAGCCAAGAAACUUAUAGCCGAAUCUGGACUACGUAUAAUCUCUGCAGAUGAUCUUGAUGAGGCAGCUUCGAAAUCCGUUCAAUUAUCAAAGAUAAUUCAGCUUGCAAGGGAAGCAAAUAUUG